AUGGCGGAAGAACAAGCAGCUCAUCAUCUACUGAACGUAGUGGAGGAGCGAGGUCUCAAAGUCGAUCUCGACAACAUUCUCCUAGGUUUUGAGGAUGCCGAGACAAAGCACGAAACUGCGGUGUGGGUUGAGGAGUACCUACACGAGGACACCUUGUUGAGUAGAGAGGAGCUGGAGUUGUACCAGACUUUGAAGAAGAAGGGCCUUUUGCACCAGUACGAAAGCGAGGGUGAACCCAUCCGACCCAUCUUGGACCAUGAAGUCGCAGCAGCAAUUGAAUCAUUGAGAAGCUCCACUACUGCGAUCGAGGCCCAGUGCAAAGCUCUGGAAGCACAGAAAGAUGCGUUGAUGAAGCUAAAAGCUCUUGACAAGCCAAACUUGGACGUGGAACAUGCAAGGAACGAGCGGAGGAGGAAAGAGGGACAAGAAAAAGCUCGUUUAGAUGUCUCUGUCGAUGAUGUCGUUGCAACAGUCACAGAGCAGAUGACCGAUGCUCAGCGCGAGAUCGAUUCUGAGAAGUCAACGCUGAAGAGCUACCUGUCAGAACGCUUUACAUCAGAUGAUCAGAUCUUAAGCCGACUCCCUAAGCUAGUGUCUCAAAUCGUCACUGAGCCUGAAGUCAGUGAGGACGAGAAGUCGAUGGAACAGUGGUGCAUGGCGAUUGUUUCCUUUCGCGCUGCAGAGAUUAAAGCUCGGGUGGACGCCGUAUUUCUUACCAACGCAUCAGGAGACUCACAGAACGGCCUUUCGGAGGAAGCAGAGGACGACUUCAAAGAGAGAAAGGUUGCUCUGCAAGCUGAACUGGAAGAGCUACACUCGGAGAUUGCGUCUGUUGCUGAAAUGGUCGUCGAGCAUGAAAUACGCAAGCCGAUGACUGAGAUGAAGGAGCGCAAGGAGAAAGACACCAUGCGAGCACGAACUGCAUGGCUCAACUACGUGCUCUCAACACUCGAAUACAUGGGCAAACGCCUCAGCAUCAUCACUACUAGCACGCGAGAUACUGACGGGUUCCAACAAGCACUGGCGCAUGUUCAAGCAGCGGCAGCGAAGCGUAUGCCAGAGACACACGCACCAGUUGCGACGCCCGGAUUGAAACGCAUGAACUCUGGCACGUCAGCUUUUACCCCCAUGGUCAAGCUCAAGCCCACAUCGACGCUUGACCUUCCAUCAGCACUCCAAGAUGCGCUUCGUUAUGCAGGCAUAUCGUUCAGCCAGGACAACAUUGAGAGCCUGCAAGAUGUGCUGCAGCAAGCUCAACUUGAGCGAAGCAAGAAGCUUCAAGACCACUACGAAUCUACCGCGAUAUCGACUCAUGAUGGACUUGCUGAGCGAUCAAGCAAAGCAGACGCAGAUUUGAGGGCUAUUUUGAGUGCGCUAUAUAAGCACGCGCCAUUCCAGCAGGCUAGCUUAACAGACCCAGAACUGGACGAGCAGUUGAAAGCGAUGGAGCUGGAGCUUGAGAACAAGGACCGAGAGCUGUUGGAUGCCGAAGGCAGCGAACUAAGCUUGAGCGACCCCAAAGUUCGAGCUUUCAUCGCGAAAUAUGGUAAAUAG